AUGGUUAAACACCGUCGGGGGAAACACAGACUCGAGUCUAAAAAGUCCAACAAUGCUUUCAAUCGUUAUGCGCCACCCAAUCUUGCAUCUGGCUCUCGAGGCCAAACAUCGAACAUAAAUACAUCUUUGUCACCAAUUCCUGAAUCCGCUGAAACUCCGUCCUCCAACCAAGCAUCCUACCGUCUCUGGUUUGAUACAUUGUCUCGCAACUUCGACCUCGCUGUGUACCGUGAUUUUCACCGCAAUGUUCUUGAGGACCUAUAUACACGACGCGACACGUAUGGGUUCGAUCUUCUUCUGGAUUACUACGAAAAUGCUGUUUACGGUCCCGCUCAUAUUGACGAUGAGGUCCUGGUGGACCUGGCCGAUUUUGACAAGAAUAAACAAUAUUCUAUUUUUGCACGAGUCACACAGAUGCUGGAAAUGGCCUAUAAAAACAGGGCAAUGGAGCAAACCAACUUUAUCAGGUUGAGACGGUUUCGCAUCAAAGCCAAGAAGCGUAACUAUCGCUUUAAACACGGGCUCUGA